AUGACCACACGCUAUCGCGUUGAAUACGCUCUCAAGACCCAUCGUCGAGAUCAAUUGAUUGAAUGGAUCAAAGGUCUACUGGCGGUACCCUUUGUACUGCACUCCCAGCCCAACAUCUCUUAUCCGGAGCAUAGUGAGGGGCUAAAGACCGUGGCUGCCGAUACAUACCAGCGAUAUGCAGAGAUUAUGCGAGAUGUGGAAAUCCUGAUAAACGACCACAGUAAGUUCAUUUCUGCCUAUUCAGGCAACACAAUAUCCGACGAUCGACAUAAUGUUCUCAAGGCUUAUCUCAGCCCCGCAGUUCGACAUAACAACCAAAACACACCUGGUAAAUCCAAACUCAAGCUGCUAGUGCCAUCAGUCGGUACUUUCUUCACCCAGCUGCAUCUAGAAGAUGCAUUCCAAUAUCAGAACGACCGCCGCUUCAUCAGCCGACGAAGGUUUGUGGCGCCAUCAUUCAAUGACAUCCGCCUAAUCUUGAACUCGGCCCAACUCCUCGGCCUAGUCCGAUCCAGCGACGUCCAACUCGUUACGUUCGACGGAGACGUGACCCUCUACGAUGACGGCGCCUGUCUCACGCCCGAAAACCCAGUCAUCCCCCGUAUAAUUCGCCUGCUAGAACAAGGCCGGAAAGUCGGUAUCGUGACAGCGGCCGGGUAUGAGGAGGCUGAGAAGUACUACGGUCGACUUUACGGCUUACUAGAUGCAGUACACGAAUCCACCUCUUUGACACCAGACCAGAAACAAGGCAUAAUAGUAAUGGGCGGCGAAAGCAACUUUCUCUUCCGAUUCGACCCGACCUCCGACGUGCGUCUCACAUAUGUGCGACGCAGCGAGUGGCUCCUAGCUGAAAUGCGAGCGUGGCGCGAAGACGACAUCAGAGAACUUCUUGAUCUAGCUGAAUCUGCACUUCGUGCAUGCGCGGCUAAUUUCAAUCUUCCCGCUGCUGUUCUACGGAAGGACCGCGCUGUUGGUGUGUAUCCUGUUAAUGGGGUGCGCAUUAACCGGGAACUACUGGAGGAGACUGUGCUCGUCGUGCAGAAUACAGUAGAGAGAUCUGCUAUUGGGUCACGACUCCCUUUCUGCGCCUUCAAUGGUGGAAAUGAUGUUUUUGUUGAUAUUGGUGAUAAAUCUUGGGGCGUUCGUGCUUGUCAGCAGUAUUUUGGCGGCAUUGAUCCGUCGAAGACGUUACAUAUCGGUGAUCAAUUCUUGUCGGCUGGAGCUAACGAUUUUAAGGCUCGCUUGGCUUCCACCACUGCUUGGAUUUCCAGUCCUACCGAGACGGUCGACUUAUUGGACGAGCUGGAACUUUCAUUAUCCCAUAGUUAA